AUUUCCAUCUUACCUCAGGAUGUAGCUGGAUUGCAAUGUGUGUUGCCUCCUUCACCCCAAGAAGUAAGGGAUACAUUUUGUGUCAUUUUUUGCAGGGGGAAGUUUCAUCCCUCCAGGGAAGCAAUUGCACAUUUUCAACUGAUUCUUCUGUCGAGAAAUAUUAUAAAGUCAAUAAUCAAUUUUCUCAUCACUGAGAAUGAGUGGUACAGGAUUUCAGGUGUAAUGUUCAACUGCCAAAAUCUGGAAAACAAUCCUCAUUGGAAGUGA